AGAGCAUGCAUGGCCUGCAGGAGUGUGAAAAUUGCAAGUAGAAGAAAGAACUUCCUCUGGGAAUGAGGUUUAGACCCACGGAUGAAGAACUCAUUCGUGAUUAUCUGAGGCUUAGAUUUUGGGACCUGCCUAUUACUCCUGCAGGCAUCAUCAAUGAUGAAAACGUUUAUAAUUAUCCUCCAGACUUAUUGCGAAAAAGAUGGUGUGGACAUGAUGAUAGGCGCAUGUACUUCUUCACAAAUCUGGAGAUGAAAGAUAAGAGCAUCAUAAAUGCGAGACAUUCCGUAGGAGAGGUGGGAUAUUGGAAGGCAACACAGGCGCAAGCCAAAAUUACCAAAAACCAUCCGACGCUUGGAACCAAAACCCCUCUUAGCUACUACAAAUUUGUGCUUGAUAAGAAUGGUAAAAAGGUGGGCAGAAAACAGAAUUGGCUCAUGCAAGAAUAUACACUUCCAGAUAAUCGGUCACUAGAUGGAGAAUUGGUGCUUUGUGUGGUUUAUUCUCAUGAGAAAGGAAAGAAAAAAUUACCUUCUUAAUUGAGAAUAUAAUGAAUACCAGAAUUCUGGAAGGUGGAGGGUUUGGCUUUGGCAUGAGCAAUGCCCCAAGAAGAAGAACACAAAUGGCUCAAUGACUCCAAAAACUGUGGAAUAUUGAAAUCCGUUGCCAAAAGCAUUUUCCUUGUUGUCGUUGCUGCUGUUUUGUGUGUGUGUGUGUGUGUGUGUUCUUUUCUUUUUUUUUUCCUUUCUCUUUUUGGGUUUCCUGUGCCUCAGAUGUUCUUUGUCUUCUUAAUUAGGGAGGAAUAAUAUGUUUCUCAUCGGACAUUGUUGUUAUUAGGUUAAUUUGUUCAAAACUUAUUGAUGACUUGUAUAGUUUUUGUCAAUAGAUGACUUUCAUUUA